UCCAGGGAUGUGAUGCUAAAAUUCUUUGAACUGGUCCCCAAGUGCCAGCGGGAAGGACCUGCCAGAUGGGACGAAGCUUGUCUUCAGGUCACCCUCAGCUACGGCGUCUUUGAGGGGAAGCUCAACGUCAUUAAGCUGCAGGGCCCGUUCUCCCCCGAGGAGGACCCCUCCAGGUUCCGCUCCCUGCAUUGUCUCCUCUACCCCGACACGCCCUGGUGCCCACAGCUGGUGGCCCGAUGAGCCCGGAACUGCCGGGCGACUGUGGACUGAGGCCUCUGGUGGUCCCUCGCCUCCCAAGGCAGCCCGAGGGCCGGCGGCAGUGCCUGGGUGGGCAGUCCCCGGCAGGGCUGCCGAGUGGUGGGCAAGCCCAGGAUCGGAUGGUGGCUGGUGGCGAAGGCAUCCCAGGCUCCGGAGACGAGGGUCGGAUGGCCCGGGAACCUGGUGGAGUCAGAGAGGCCCCAGGGGCUGGGCUCCCACGGGCCCUGGGUGGCUGAAUUGAACAGGGUGGGGGCCGUUGAGCUGGCCUGGGGCUCAGGAGUCUGAAACCUCAGCAACAUUACAGGGGCUUCUGGGUGGGGGGUGGCCCCAGCCCAGCUCUGGUCUCUGUCACUCCCUGGGUCAAGCACUGGGCCCGCCACUCACUCCGGGGUCCCUGGGCCUGGUCCGCAACCGCUGGGCACCAGGGGGAAAGGCGGCCGAGGGCAGGGUCUGUGGCAGGUGCUGUGGUUGCUGGCCGCCUCCAGCUCCUUGCCCCCCACCCUGGCUAACAGGCCCCGGUUUUGUUUGGAGGGUCAGCCUGCCCGGAGCCGAUGAUGGAUCAUCAUGGGUCCCAGCCAAGCCUGACGAGCCUUUUGCUCACUCUCAGCUCCCCGUGCGGUUAGGCGCUUCCAUGCGCCCAGCUCUGCUAGUCAGAGCUCUGUCCCUUCCUGUGAACUGGGCAAGGCCAAGGGGGAGGAGUCCGGGGAAAGUGUUGCCGCCCCGCCCUCGCUCUUCCCGCUGUGGAUGUGGGUGCGAUGUCUGGAUCUGGGCAGCCACUUGGCGGCCAUGAAGGAGAGGCCAGGACAACCCUCCGCACCUGUCUUGUCUAGCAUCUGGUUCUGUGAGAAAAGUAAAGCCCUGUUUGUUCAAGUCU